AUGUACCAGUCCGGCUACCCUAGCCGCUCUCCGCCGCCACUCCAGCAUCCCAUCCCCACGCACCCGCCCUUCCAGGUGCCAGAUCCGCCGGUCUCUCCCAAUCCGGGCCCGCGCAACUUGACCUCGUCCUCGACCGCCGAUAGCACCGUCGCCGACCCCAACCUCUCGUCGGCACGCUCCCGCGCCGGCGCCGGCUCCUCGUCCUACGUCCAGGGCGGAUACCAGCGCUUCAGCAGCCCGCCCAUCCAGCAACAGGGCAUCCACGCCAAUGCGUAUGCUCCCAGCUUCGGCCAGGGCGCCGCCGCCUACAGCGUGCCCCAGCCAGGGCAAAACUUCUACGCCGGCCAGCAGCAGGGCCUCGGCGGCCAGAUGGGGGGCGCGCCGGGGUCCGCGGGUGCGGGGGCGCAGCAAGGGUGGGGAGCGUUCCCAGGCAUCGGAGGCGGAGGAUCGGGCAUGAUGAACGACGCCACGGCGCAGAUGGGCGUCCAGUUUGGCCAGCACAUGGCACAGGUCGGUGGCGAGUACGUGCAGAAGAACUUCAAUGCGCUGCUUCCGCUGCCACUCUUGAAGCACUACUUCAACGUCUCCAACUCCUACGUCCUGCACAAGCUCCGCAUCGUCCUCUUUCCCUGGCGGCAUAAGCCGUGGUCGCGCGCCCACAGGCAGUCGAACAACGGCGGCGGCGCCUAUGCCGGCAUGGGCGGGGCCAGCCACGAGGCUGGCACGGGCAGCAAGGCGGCCGACGGCUACCUUCCGCCGCGCGACGACGUCAACAGCCCGGAUCUCUACAUUCCCGUCAUGGCCUUUGUCACCUACAUCCUCCUGACUUCGAUGAUCUACGGCCUCGAGUCCCGCUUCCACCCGGAGAUUCUCGGCCUGACGGCAUCGCGAGCACUGGCCAUCAUCCUCGUCGAGCUGGCAGCCAUCAAGCUCGGCACGUACCUCCUCAACAUCCAGGGCGAUCAUACGUUCGUCGACCUGCUGGCCUAUUCGGGCUACAAGUUUGUCGGCACCCUCGUCACCCUCUUCUUUGGCCUGAUCAACGUGCGCGGCUGGAUCUACUGGAGCAUCUUCCUCUACUGUUUCGCCGCCAACGCCUUUUUCCUGCUCCGCUCGCUCCGGUACGUGGUCCUGCCGGAUCCAUCCAACCCGAGCAGCGUCACGAUCACGCACGCGCAGCGAUCGAGGCGCAUCCAGUUCCUCUUUUCCAUCGCCGUCGCCCAGAUUGUGCUGGGCUGGCUGCUCAUCGUCGGCAUUUUCCACUAG